AUGUCAACAGAAGAAGACAAACGACUUCUGGCGAGAAUUAGCCAACUUGCAGGCCAAAUCAAUCGCCACAAAAACCAAUCGCCCGGCGUUCAGUCGGUUCCCAACUCACAGCACCGGUGUCCGUAUCCCUCGACUCGGCCAAACAAGCCGGUGCCUACUUAUUGUGUUGCUAAGCCGCAGAAAACAGUCAACCCCUACGGCAGCCGCCCAUCGUCGCCGUAUGCCAGAGGCGGAGGUCCUCGGCCACGGCCGGGCGUGCAACAUCGUCACAGAUCCUUGGUUCUGAACGCGCAGGCACAGCCAACAGCAGGGAAUGAUGAUGGGUCUUCUUCGUCGGGCCAGCAGUCGACUUGGAUCUCGAAGACGGAUCGUCAUCUCCAACUGAUCAACUCUAGCAUCUAUGAAAAGGAUUCCCAGGCGCGAGCUAAAGCCAUCGCAGAAACCCAGCAGCAAAAAUUACAGCGGCAGGAUGAGAAGGAAAAGGCGAAGCUCAAGCAUUUCCUUGUGAGUGGAGCCGCAGGCCCUGCGACGACAAGAUAUGUAAACAACACCACCGGCGCGUUCGAGUUAGACAUUGAAGGCAUACGCUUCCGAGUCAGCAAAGAUGGCGGCAAGCUGGUCAAAGUUCCCGGUGACAUCAAUCCUCCCAGCGCUACUCCCAAAACCGCCGUUGUUGGCGGCGUCAAAUUCUUUAGAAGUAAAACAGGAAAUCUAUAUCGAGAUGGAAUCGUCAAGGCGCAUAGGCGAUCUGGAAAAUACAAGGUCGAUACGCCUUGCAAGACCUUCUCAACAACCGGUAACUCCCACUCUCAGACACAAGACUACAGAAACCGAAUCGGCUUCCUUCGCAUCCAUUCGGAGCUUAUCGAGGAGAUGAUUAGGGUUCCUGCCCCUUAG